AUGGAAGCCUUCGCGGAGGAGAUCGUGCAGACGCACCUCGCUCUACCGGAAGGGAAGAGUCACCCCGAGUACCGCGGGGUUCCCAACGAGGAGCUGGACGCGGACUUUUCUGACGCCAUGCUGGAGAUCAAGGAACAGGUCGUCAAAGCUCCGAGCACGCACGUGCGCGCCUUGCUCGGGCUAGACCUCAAGAGCGCCUUCGACGCUGUGAAGCACAUGGCCAUAUUAGACAAGUUCAGCCGACUCGAUCUCGGGGCGAGGUUCCACCGAUAUGUCAGCAGCUUCCUGAAUGGUCGCGAGGCGAUGGUCAAGAUCGACGGGGUCACGCCGCGAACGGUCCGAAUUGGCGGUGCGGGAACGCCGUCGGGCUCCGUAAUCUCCCCUAUGCUUUUCAACCUCGUCGUGAUCGGCCUGCCGGAGUGUCUCGACGCGAGAGAGGGCAUCAUCACACGAUCUAUGCAGAUGACGUGA